AUGAAGGGGAGCCGCGCGUUCGAGCAGGCUCAGACAGAAUGGAGAGACUACGGCUGCAAAUACUACAAGAUGCUGCGUAAAUCCGUACUACAACAGAUUCGCUGUGCGCACAGUACUGUGUCAGCCAGCGCACGACCAUAUUGGAAGAAAAAUCCUCAUUUAGACCAGAUAAUUCGAGUAGACCAUGCAGGCGAGCUGGGCGCGGACCGUAUCUACGCUGGUCAGAUGGCAGUGCUCGGUAGCACCGCGGAAGGUCCACUCAUACAACACAUGUGGGACCAGGAGAAGAAGCAUCGCGCCAAGUUUGAGGAGCUAAUCAAUGAGUACAGAGUCCGACCCACGGCGCUUACACCUAUAUGGAAUGUCGCUGGCUUCGUGUUAGGCGCUGGCUCAGCGCUCUUAGGCAAAGAAGCGGCGAUGGCUUGCACAGUUGCCGUAGAAACCGUGAUAGUAGACCAUUAUAACGACCAGCUCCGAACGUUAAUGGAGGACCCUAACAUCGACAAGGAGAUCUUGCAGACUAUCACCAAGUUCCGUGAUGAGGAGCAGGAACACCAUGACACAGGGAUCGACCAUGGAGCUGAACAAGCACCUUUCUACAAAGCCAUGACUGAAGUUAUAAAGGCUGGAUGUAAAUGCGCCAUUGCUAUUUCGAAAAAGGUUUAG